AAAAAAUCACCAGUUAUAAGUGAAUAAUAACUUUUUGUAUUUUUAAUUUUUUUAAUCCACAUUUCAUAUUUAAUGACCCGCAUAAUGAUACUUCAUGUACGUGUUUUAAAUAUAAAUUACAUAAAAGGCAAGAAAGCUACAUAAAAUAAAUGCUUCAAUAGUAAAUAUUUUAAAUUUUAAUUCAAAAGUGCAAUAAAAAUCUAAGUGUAUCUGCACACAGUUUUCACAUACAAAAUCCUGAAUUUUAUAAUCUAUUCAUUUUAAAAAUUAAUACAAUAAUUUAUGUAAAACACAUUUUUAAACAGUUGACCUAAAAUUAACAGAAAUGAAUGAGAUUAUUUUAUAAAUAUUGUGUAACGUUGUUCAACUAAAAAAUACAUAAUUAUUCAGGAAAAUAAUUGUACUGCUUCAAGCUAUAUUAAAAGUCAAACUGCUUCGAAUUUGUGUGAAGGCAAAUUAUGAGUAACUUAUGGAAUUUAUUAAUGAUACAUGCGUUGUGUAUGUUGCGUGAAGACAUAAGUGUACAUGGCAACAUUAUCAUUUAUUAAUGAAGCAAACUCAGCUAAGCGUUAUGGUGAAACUGUCCGAUUUGGUCUUACAAAAUUUUCUGAUUUGACUGAUGAUGAAUUCAAAAAUAAAUAUUUAUUAGAUGACAAAACAACAGCUGGAAAAUAUAGAAUGGAUCCAAUUGAUUUAAUACAAAAGUUAAUUAAUGACAAAGAAUACCUAAAAUAUGAAUUACCAAAAAAUUUACCAUUAAAAAUUGAUUGGAGAGAAAAAGGUGUUAUAAGUGAUGUACGUAAUCAAGGUCAUUGUGGUUCAUGUUAUGCACAAAGUGUUAUCGGUACAAUUGAAUCAUUAAUUACAUUAAAUUAUAAUUUAUCGAAACCAUUGGAACUGAGUGUUCAACAGAUGAUUGAUUGUGGUGGUAAUUUUAAUCGUGGAUGUUUAGGUGGUGAUACAUGUGAUCUUUUAAAAUGGCUGAAAACAGAAAAAAUUCAAAUUUUUCCAAGAAAAUUUUAUCCGGAAUCAGAAAUUAGUAGUACAUCAAAUAAUGAAAUUAGAAAAUGUAAAAAUAUUACAUUACCAGAUUAUGUUAAAACUGGAAAAGUCUUACAAUAUACAUGUUUAGAUUUUACUGGCUAUGAAUAUGAAAUAAUAAAUAUAUUAGCACAUAAAGGACCACUUGCAGCAUCAGUUAAUGGUUUAUUGUGGAAAAAUUAUCUUGGUGGAAUAAUUAAAUAUCAUUGUAAUGGACCCUCAAAUCAUGCCAUUGAAAUUGUUGGUUACGAUUUAUCACCACCAGAUCCAUAUUAUAUUGUUAGGAAUUCAUGGGGUAUAGAAUUUGGUAAUUCUGGUUAUGCAAAAAUUGCAUUUGGUCAAAAUGUAUGUAAUAUAGCAUCUGAAAUAUCAACUGUGGAAGUGGAAUGGAGUUGAAAUGAAAAUUUAAUUAAAGAAAAUUACUCUGCUAUUUAGAUUUGAAUAUAAAUUUAAAAAAUCUUUUGUAAUUAUGUUUAUGUAGAACCGUAAAUUUAUACAAAUUAGUGUAUAUAUGUAUAAAUGAGUAUAUUAUUAUUAAGUUGAUGUAAAUUGAAUUAAGAAGACUGAAUUUGGUUUUUUUUUUUUGUUUUUGGAAUUUCUAAAUUUUAUUUUGCGAAAUAAUUAGAAAUAUUUUUGUUAUUUAGUUUUUUAUAUAUAAUAUAUGCUAGAUAAGUAUAAUGUUGCUAACUAAGAAAUAAUUAUUAAAUUGUCAAAAUUUAUUAAAGCGUAUAAAAUUUAGUGGCUUAUUUGAAAAAUAUUCAUUUAAAUAGCCCAGUUUAUUGUAAAAAAAAUUUUAGUAGCAUUAAAAUUCUAAAAAGAAAAUUGUAUUGAUAUUUAGAAUUAUUUUUAAUUUUUAUUUUUGUUUACUACUGCCGGAAAUAAAAUUAUGUUUGAAUCAGUUUUAUUUAAGCCAAUUAUGUAAUAUUUUGUUAUUAUUUUAUAAAAAUUUUUAAUAAUCUUAUUUAUAUCGCUGAUUUUUAAGAAUUUAAGAUUACAAUAAUUAUUCAUAAUUUAAUUUAACACUUCAGCAAAUACAAGAUGAGCUCGAAAUAACAAUUAAAUUUAAUUUUGAUUGCAAAUCUAGUAUUUAAUAGCAAUUCAUUUUAUUCGGGAUUUAAAUUCACCCCAGUAAUAUAUUAGAGAUUUAAAAGGUACUUUAAGUGCAAAAUUCAUGCACUUUAGUCUGCGAAAUUUUAACAAUUUCAAAUAAAUAAAAAAAUUUCCCAUAAUUGAUAAUUUUUUAAUAUUAAAAAAAGAAAAUUCAAUGUGUUUUCAAAUGAUUCAUAAAAAU